GAGAGAGGGACCUGGAGAGGAAGAAGGACAGGGAGUGCGAGAGAGCCGGGGAAAGGGGCGCGCACGACCCGGCCGCUGCUCCGCGCAGCCCCUGCGUGCCUCCUGCUGGGACCGCCACCAGGAAGGACCCCGACCCGGAGGAAGGCUGCGGAGACCUGGGCCGUUCUCCCCGAGUCCUAGCCCCCCCUCAGUUCUUUCCCCCCCGCCCAGUGCCACCCUGGUCUGCGUCGGAAACCGUUUCCUGCCCCUAGUAGUAGCCCCGCGCCAGCGGAAAUUGCGCGCGAUGGCCGUGACGAUGCUGCAGGACUGGUGCAGGUGGAUGGGCGUCAGCGCUCGAAGGGGUCUGCUCAUUCUGGGCAUCCCGGAGGACUGUGAUGAAGCCGAACUCCAAGAGUCCCUGGAGGCUGCCCUGUGGCCCAUGGGCCACUUUACCGUGCUGGGCAAAGUGUUUCGAGAGGAGGAUAAUGCCACUGCGGCCCUGGUCGAGCUUGACCGGGAAGUCAACUAUGCUUUGGUCCCCAGGGAAAUCCCGGGCACCGGCGGUCCCUGGAACGUGGUUUUUGUGCCUCGUUGCUCAGGCGAGGAGUUUCUCAGUCGCGUGUUCCACUUCCUGGAGCAACAGGGGCAGACGGUGGAGAGUGUGACUGGGGCCCUGGGGCUGGGACUGCGCAGGGUGUGCUGGCUCCAAUUGGUCAGUCAGGCAGUCCAGCCCUGGGUGGAGACCAUGCGGUAUCAGCGCCUGGGCGUGUUUUCCGGGAGGGAUCAGCCCGGCCCGGGGGAGGAGUCCUUUGAGGCCUGGCUAGACCACACCGCCAAUAUGCUACAUGUGUGGCAGGGGGUCUCGGAAAGGGAGAAGAGGAGGCGGCUGAUGGAAGGCCUUCGAGGGACGGCCCUGCAGCUCGUGCAUGGGCUCCUGGCGGAGAACCCUGCCAGGACGGCGCAGGACUGCCUGGCGGCCCUGAUCCAGGUGUUUGGAGACAACGAGUCCCAGGCGACCAUCCGGGUGAAGUGUUUGACCGCUCAGCAGCAGUCAGGCGAGCGGCUUUCCGCUUUCGUGUUGCGGCUGGAAGUCCUGCUGCAGAAAGCCAUUGAGAAGGGGGCCCUGGCCAGAGCCUCAGUUGACCACGUGCGCCUGAGGCAGGUACUCACCAGGGCCAACCUUACUGAGCCUCUGGAUGAAGCGCUGAGGAAGCUGAGAAUGGUUGGGAGGUCUCCAAGUUUCCUACAGAUGCUGGGCCUUGUUCGGGAGUCUGAGGCAUGGGAGGCCAGUCUAGCCAGGAGCAAGAGAGCCCAGGCAGAGGAAGGAGCUGGUGCCCGGGGCAAUGCCCAGGCUGAUGCCCGAGCCAAUGCUAAGGCAGAGGAUGAUAAGGUGGAGGAGAAGGAGCAGGAGGAGCAGGAGCGGGAGGAGGAGGACAGUGACGAUCGUGACACUGUCCCUGCAGACCUAGGUCAGGCAAGACCCUCAGAGGCCCCUGGGGGCCCCACUCCUGCCCAGACAGGCAGUGCUUCCAGGGCGGGCCCAGGAGGUCCUGGCUGUGAGCCAGAGGGCCUCACCCAGGCAGGAGACCAGGAGGCUGGGGAGCCCCCCGAGGAGGGGCUCAAGCCCAUCCCAGAGGAGUCGGGAAACGAGGAUGGCGCUGGGGAGACGAGCCCCCCUAAGUCCUCCUCCAGCAAAUAGGCUCAGAAGGCCCAGGUACCCCCUCUCCUCUCAGGCAGCAGAGUUCUGGAGGCAGAGGGAGGCCAUGCCAGGGCAGCAGCCUCGCCCCACAUGGGGACCAGGGCCGAGGGAGGGGCCCACCCAACCCAAGCCAAGCCCCCGGGCACUCCACCACUCCUAAGAGGACCUGAACACCACCAUCAGCCCUUCCAAGUGACCAAGAUGACCAUACUUGACACCAAGUGGGGCAGGGAGAGGUGCCCCCCACCCAUGGCAGCACCACACCCAGCCCCAGCCCCAAUCCAUGCCAACUCAGGCAGCCAGUCUGGGAAACAUCCCUGAGUGGCUGGCCCUAGCCUAGGGGAGGGGCACCUGAAGCCGUCUGCCACCCACACUGUACUGGGAGAUGUUAGGGGCCAUUUCAGAGGUGCCAGCCUCUUGGGUCUCCCGAGAGGGAGACACUCAUUUACUUCCCCUGGGGCACGUUGCUCCAUGUUCUGGGAAGCCCGCUUGGGUCUCUGUGGGGCCCUUAGUGACCCACGUGUCAAGUUACUCCCCCACCCCACU